AUGUCGAUUAGCCGGCGAAGGCUGUGUGUUGAGGAGCUAUUAAAUAAUCCUCCGAAUACCUUUUUAGAGGCGUCUGAAAUACUUCUUAAGUUUGCCAACAAUGUUUUGAAUGAUCCAGAAAACCCCAAAUAUCGCUCAAUUCGUGUCAGCAAUCCGAAAGUGGAGCAGAAGUUACUGUUGGUCAGCGGUGGGAUGGAGUGUCUGUUUGCAAUGGGAUUUCAGGAAGAUGGAGAAUACCUCCGCCUUCCACGGAAUGUCCUUCUUGAUGAAAUACGGAGUGUAAGAGAUGAGCUUCAUGAGGUGAGACAACAGCAGGUUAAUCAGCAAGGAGCUGGUCAGCCUAAGCCACAGCAGCCAACACCACAGACCACUCCACUUCAGACUCCUGCCUUUGAUGUAGCCCUAAUGGCCAAAGAAAUGACAUUCUACAGCAAGUUGAAGUCAAGCUUUGAUCAUGUCCUUGUAUAUGAAGACCCAGCCCUUCAAGCCAAAGCAAGAGACUGUAUGCCUUUACAGGAAAUGAGAGCUGAGGCUCAAAAGAAGUUUGAUGAACUCAGUGCCCACAGCAAAGCAAUGGAUAAACCUGUGGAAAUUGAUGUGAAUGACAUUCUGAUAUUAGAACUUGUAAACUGGUACAAAGAUUUUUUCAGUUGGGUCAAUGCACCAAAUUGCGAUAGUUGUGGGGGUGCAACCCAAAAUGCAGGGAUGGCGGAACCAACUGCAGAGGAUAGAAAAUGGGGAGCUGGAAGAGUGGAGAAUUACUGGUGUGGCACCUGUAGAAAGCAUGUACGUUUUCCGCGUUACAAUCAUCCUGGGAAACUGCUGGAGACAAGGCGGGGCAGGUGUGGAGAGUAUGCCAAUUGUUUUACCCUCUGCUGCAGAGCUGUAGGGUUUGAGGCCAGGUAUGUUUUGGACUGGACAGAUCAUGUCUGGACAGAGGUUUACUCUCGGUCUCAGAAGCGCUGGCUGCACUGUGACACGUGUGAGAAAGGCUGUGACAAGCCAUUGCUGUAUGAGGUUGGCUGGGGCAAGAAACUGACCUAUGUGAUAGCAUUCUCAAAGGAUGAUAUCCAGGAUGUGACUUGGAGGUACACCAGGAACUUUCAGGAGAUUCUCUCUCGGAGAAAUGAGUGCAGGGAAAACUGGCUAGUCAAUACCAUCUUAGCUAUGAGAAAAGAGAGGCAGAAGCACCUUCCACCUGCCAGAAUACAGGAGCUGGAACACAGAACCCUGGUUGAGCUGGUAGAAUUUAUGACGCCAAAGAAAGAAUUGAAAGAAGGGGAGGAUGUUGGAAGGCAGUCAGGUUCUCUGGCAUGGAGAAUAGCCAGGGGUGAGGUAGGGGCACCACCAAAACUAAAGACCAACACACCUGUGAUAUUUAAGCUGACUGAUGUUGAAAAGGAGAAAAAACUGUUUCACCUAAAAUACUGCUGUGCGAGCGAUACAUAUAUCAGGGUGUCUAAUGACAGUGAAGAAGUAAAAGGUUGGCAAGCUGGUGUGUUUGAAGCGGACUCCGUCUUCAGGAAGGAGGAACAUGAUUGGAAGAUGGUGUACCUUGCCAGGCGUGAAGGUGCUGCUACAGCCUCUAUCACCUGGAAAGUGGACUGCACAG